AUGAAUACUUUAUCAGAAGAGUUUGAAAGAAGUUGGGUAACUUCUCUAAUAGGAAUAUUUUUGCUGUGUUUUGGAAUUUGGUUACUCACUUGGAAUGAGGGUAGGGCAGUUCAUCAUGCUCACUCCUUGGAUGAAACAUACAAUAACGCAAUAAUUCUGAAUUUAUAUGAAAAACCAUCAGAUGAACAUAAUGGCAAAGUAGUCCAUGUAACCGGCAGUCUGCAAAUUGAAGAGCCUUUGACAGAGGUCGAAUAUGGUAUAGCGAUCCAAGCAGUUAAAUUGAAAAGAAGAGUCCAAAUGUACCAAUGGGUAGAAGAAAGAACACCAAGACCAGAUGAUGAUAAUAAUAUAGAAACCAUGGGUACAAUGACAAAUGAUUAUUACUAUAUAACAGAGUGGAGGGACAAGUUGGUAGAUAGCAAUAAUUUUUAUAUCAGACAUGGCCAUGAAAAUCCAAAGGAAAUACCAUUGACAUCAGUAACUUAUGUUUCCCCUAUAGUACAACUAGGGCAUUUACUAGUAGGAAAUGAAAUAAAAGAUAAAUUUGAUGAUUUCAUAGAAGUUACCAGUGAUGAAAGACCAGACAGAAGAGAUGUUAAACUUCAUAUGGGUAUAUAUUACCACUGUGAUGAUAUUUGGAAUCCAGAAGUAGGGGAUAUAAGGGUUCAGUUUUAUUAUGCUGGUGCCUCAGGUGAACCUGUCACUAUAAUAGCAAAGCAAGAAAGUGGGGCAUUAAUUCCCUAUGAGACAUCAAAGGGUCACAAAAUUGCUUUACUGAGACAAGGAAACCUAAACAUAAAUCAGAUGUUUUCUGCUGAGCAUUUUGAUGCGAGAUUGGAAACAUGGAAGUUACGAGGAUUAGGCUUUUUUAUACUUUAUGGCGCUGCUGUUUGUUUAUCAAGGCUUAUAAAAAUAAUGGUAUUCCAGGGUUCAUUCUUAAGUUUCUACAGCGGAGAUCCACUGUCUUUUAGUAACUUGGUUCUAGCAUUUUCUGUAACUCUCUGUGUAGUAGCUACUGCUUGGAUUAUGUACAGACCGAUGUUAGGUGCAAGUUUAUUCUUUGCAGCAGUAAGUCCGUUUCUCUACUACACUAUGGGAUUAGAUCACGGAUAUAAUAAUAUGCGCAUAAACUGA